AUGGCGACCAUGCAAACAGACAAGGCAUUUCGCCUGAACCUGAACGUUGCAUCUGGGUCGUUAGCAGCUCUCUUACUGGCCAUUUCCACCGUUCUUGUUAGCAUUCUUGCUGCCAGAUUCCCGUCCCGCACCGAUUACUAUGCACAGCAAAUGACAUGCCGGCUUUACUACAAUCAGGGAGCUCCUAAUGAAAUCGAGUGCCUCAGCCGCUGGUGUGCGAAUGCUGCAAACUGGCCAUUCGCUCGUUGCAAUGUUACUCAAGGAUUGAAGGAUGAAGGAUAUGACCCGUAUUACAAUCGCGCUUACCUUUCUGAGAACUUCCCCUUUGACAAGAGCAGCAUGUCCCUUUCCUGGGCGUCGAUGUCUUUAAUCACUAUAACACUCGUGUUAGAGGUCAUAACUCAACUGCUGGACAUGAUCAAGCCGAAGAAGAAAUCCUUAUUCUACUCAAAACGAUAUUGCGUAUUCCUCCAUGCUUGUUGUGCGACAUCAUGGAUAAGCACUGCAGUUGCAGAGGCUUUGCUCAUCUACGGAUCGCAUCGGCACCUGCGGUACAUUAAGACUGCUCCGGUAUCAGGAAACCUGGAUACCCGGCAGGGAGAAUUUGUAUUGCAGCAUGUGAAACAGCCUAUGGACCAGCUUGUGUCAUCAAGGGAUCAGGCAGCAAUUGUAUACAAAGGUGUACUGGCAGGUGGUCAGACUGUUGCUGUCAAGAGAAUUCACAGGCAUAAAUUGCUGCACGGAAGGGACGAGUUCAAGUCAGAGGUUGAGAUUCUCAGCAGAGUUCAUCACCGGAAUCUUGUGCGGAUACUGGGGUACCACAUUGGGGAGACAGAGGAACUUAUUGUCUUCGAGUUCAUGGCUAAUGGAUCACUCGACCACCACCUGCAUGGUAAUACUUGCACACCCAUUGGCUGGGAAAGAAGGCUUCAAAUGGCAAUUGAUGCAGCAAAGGGUUUGGCAUAUCUUCACCAUGAUUGCUAUCCAAAAGUGGUGCAUCGUGACAUCAAAGCUUCUAAUAUUCUUCUUGAUGCGAACAUGAAUGCUCAGGUUGGUGACUUUGGCCUUGCACGCUUGUUGCAAGAUGAUUCUGAGCAUGUAACUACAAGAGUCAUGGGCACCAUUGGCUACUUGGCCCCGGACUAUGCAUUCUCAGGGCAAUUGACGGAAAAGAGUGAUGUUUACAGUUUUGGUGUUCUAUUGCUGGAGCUCCUUACAGGGAGACAGCCUGUUGAUGUCACAGCUUCGACGUUUCAAGGCCAAAGUCUUGUAGAAUGGGCCUGGCAACAGACAAUUGGAUCAGAGUCCAUAAAUGCGAUUCUGGAUCCACGACUGAACAACGUCUACAAUGCUGAUGAGGCUCUGUGUGUGUGGCGUGUUGCAUUGGAUUGCGUAAAUCACAUAGCAAAGAAACGACCAACUAUGGAUAAGGUUGCCAAGAUACUCCAAGAUGCGAGGAAAGAUGAACAUGUCCCGCAAAUGAUUCGUGAAGUUGAGUGGAGCCAACGGCUGGAUAUGCUGAAGCAAGCUAAUGCUGCGAUCGGUCCCACCACAGAAUGGCCACGUGUGGAUAUGCAUAGUGGGAUUGUUCCUGAGAACGAUAGUGUCGAGUGGAGCAGUCGAUUGGAGCAGCUGCGAAAAGACGCUCACAAGUAG